GCCUCCAAAGCGAUCGAAAUCAUUGAGGGAUGAAUAAUGGUCCGCUUCCCUCAAGACGGGCAUUCCUCUCUGACCUCCUGCAUCUCCCUGCUGACUCGAAGGUCCGAUUUCUCGGAUGCGUAAAAACCUACGACGUCUCUAAAGGCCAUUUAUACCUAGAACACAACUAUCCUCGACCCAAACACGGGAAUGGUACAGGAGCAACUGAAUCGGCCUGUUCUGUACCGGUUGAUAUCAAUGCUACUCUUGAAACUAUGAGGUCUGAGGACCUAUCCGUCGGUGCAUGGCUUAACGUGUUGGGAUACGUAAGACACCAACGUCAAGUUUGGCAGUCUCAACCUCCACCAAAACAGCGGCAGCGGCAGCAGGAACCGCCUCAGAACGAAGCUGGUCCCACCAUUACCCAUUCAGUAUACGUUGAUGCCGUUAUGGUUUUCCCCGCCGGUUCGGUCGAGAUUGGGGAGUACGAGCGCAUAUUGAAGGAUCUCCAGGUUGUUGAGAAGACCUUCGGGCGAUCAGAGUGAUUAUGUUCGUACAAAUAAAUGAGGCGUGCCCUAUUUGUUGACUAUUACUACAUGGAUUGUCUGUUCGUUUUAUCUUCAUACAGUCUGGGUGCAUGUCUAGGAUAUAUCUCUAGGUGCUGAUUAGGAAUAUCAUAUUAACUUUUACUCGAAU